UUGCACGUUACAUUUUCGCGUCACUGGGGUCAGACCAGCCAGCAACAUACAAACUUUAAAACUCCCUCAUAGAUUCCAGAAGUGUAACACUGACAGGGUUGGAGGACGACCAGGUUGACGAGGCACCAGUCGACAGGUAAACAAGGCAACAGAACAUCCAGCAUGGUGGGAAGGAGACGCGGCUCCAGAGCCACCAGGGGGUCACAGCAGCCCCAACAGCAACGCACGGGGGGACCCCGCAAGAGUCUGAGAGAGCCAGCAUUAUUUGCCAAGGAAGCAGGAUAUGAGUCGGUGGUCCCUCAUGAAAAGCUGACCAUCGCCCAAGCCAAGAGAGGUACACCAGCAAUCCGGCCAGUCCGAGUCUAUGCUGAUGGGAUCUUUGACCUCUUCCACUCUGGACACGCUCGCGCUCUGAUGCAAGCAAAGAACCUGUUCCCCAACACACAUCUCAUAGUGGGAGUCUGCAGUGAUGAACUCACACACCGGUAUAAGGGCUACACGGUAAUGACAGAGUCCGAGCGCUACGAAGCCCUGAUACACUGUCGCUAUGUGGAUGAGGUGGUACGGGCUGCUCCCUGGACCCUCAGCCCUGACUUCCUGAAGAAACAUAAGAUUGACUUUGUAGCGCAUGAUGAUAUCCCAUACACCUCUGCUGGAUCAGAGGAUGUCUACAAACACAUCAAGGAAGCAGGGAUGUUUGUGGCCACACAGAGGACAGACGGCAUCUCUACAUCUGACCUCAUCACCAGGAUAGUGAGAGACUACGACCUCUAUGUCCGACGCAACCUGCAGAGAGGCUACACAGCCAGUGACCUCAACGUUAGCUUCAUCAGGGAGAAGAAAAUCCGUCUUCAAAACCAGGUGGAUCGUAUGAAGGAGACGGUGAAGACAGUAGAGGAGAAGUCCAAGCACUUUGUGCACUCGGUGGAGGAGAAGAGCCAAGACCUCAUCCACAAGUGGGAGGAGAAGUCCCGGGAGUUCAUUAGUAAUUUCCUGGAGUCGUUUGGUCCAGGUGGAGCGUGGCAUGUGAUCCAGGAGAAGAGUGGGCGCAUGCUCCAGGCUCUGUCACCCUACGCAUCGCCCGUCGCCUCGCCCCUUGGCUCCCCCAGCAGCAGCCCCACCAGGGGGCGCUCCCCAUCUCCUCCCUCCUCUCCCUCCUCUCAAUCCCCUCGUUCUCCUCGUUCCUCCGCCACCUACCCCAAGGGUGCCUCUGCCCAUCCCUCAACUUCCCUCAGCAGCAUGAGUGAGGGGGAUGACGACGAGAAGUAGAGACGGCACUGUCACGCAAACACUCAGUGUACAGGUAACUGCCGAAAUAAAGGAAACACUUGAAGAAACACUUGACUAAAUGAGAGAUACAGGACAAGGGAAGCUUGGUCUUUACAUCCUCAAAGACAUGCUUCUGUCAGCUGUAACUAUUUUCAAUGUAUCAAUAAUCAUGCGUUUUUCAAACAUAGACAAAGAUAGAUUCAGAUUUUUGACUUUGUAUAUGUAACUGCCAAAAUAAAGGAAACAUUUGAGUAAAUGAGGGAUACAAAGUAUAUUGAAAGCAAGUCAUGUAUAAAAAUUCCCAGUUGCCCAUUAUGUUGGCUAACAUGGCUAGAAGAAAGGAUUUCAGUGACUUUGAAAGAGGAGACUCAAAGUAGCAUAGGGGGUUUACAUGGUGUGUGGGUGUGUCUCAGUCAUCUGAUCUCAAACCAAUUGAACACUUAUUGGAGAUUUUGGAGCGGCGCCUGAGACAGUUUUCCACCACCAUCAACAAAACAUCAAAUUAUGGAAUUUCUCAUGGAGGAAUGGUGUCGCAUCCCUCCAAUAGAGUUCCAGACACUUGUAGAAUCUAUGCCAAGGUGCGUUGAAGCUGUUCUGGUGGCUCGUGGUGGCCCAACGCCAGAGUAAGAGACUAUGUUGGUGUUUCCUUUAUUUUGGCAGUUACCUGUACAUGGUUACUUUGUGCACUGUGUGUGUAAAAUGUCGCUCACAGUGUACCAUAUUUUUGUUAUUUUAUUGUGUAGGUCGUAAGGUAACUGAAUGCACUGUGAUAACUCCUUUAGUUGAAACUCCAUUCUCACUUCUGAUUCCUGAACCACACAAAUACAUACAACUAAUACCACUA